UGUUUCCGAGCCCAUGGCAACAACCGCGUUUCACUGAAUCAUUUUAUCCAUCAUCAAUUCCCAUAAUGCUCCGAGAGAUGCCAAAAUAUUGAGGUUUUCUAGGUAUGAUGGCGCUAGGUGUUGUACACUAAAAAGAGAGUAACCUAAAACCUGGAGGGACUUUUAUUAACUGCGAGGAAAAAACGGAGCGGCGAACUACUGAUGUUCAAAUCUAGCUGCUGAGAUUCAUGGAAAAAGGACACGACAGCUCCACCAGUAUGGCAGCGUCAGAGCUGUACACAAAGUUUGCUCGGGUGUGGAUCCCUGAUGCAGAUGAGGUGUGGAAGUCAGCAGAGCUCACUAAGAACUACAAACAUGGAGAUUCCACCCUACACCUCACACUGGAGGAUGGAAUGGACAUUGAGCACAAGCUGGAUGAUAAGACAAAGAACCUUCCUCACCUGCGGAACCCUGACAUCCUGGUGGGGGAGAAUGACCUCACAGCUCUUAGCUACCUGCACGAGCCGGCCGUCCUGCACAACCUUAAAGUCCGCUUCACCGACUCCAAACUCAUCUACACAUACUGUGGUAUUGUGCUGGUGGCCAUUAAUCCCUAUGAGAACCUUCCCAUCUACGGUAGUGACAUCAUCAAUGCGUACAGCGGCCAGAACAUGGGAGACAUGGACCCUCACAUCUUCGCUGUGGCUGAGGAGGCUUACAAACAGAUGGCCAGAGAUGAGAGGAACCAGUCUAUAAUCGUAAGCGGUGAGUCAGGAGCAGGGAAGACUGUGUCAGCUAAAUAUGCCAUGCGCUACUUUGCUACGGUCAGUGGAGCAGCCACAGAGGCCAACGUAGAGGAGAAGGUCCUCGCAUCCAACCCCAUCAUGGAGGCGAUAGGAAACGCUAAGACGACUCGUAACGACAACAGCAGUCGUUUCGGGAAGUACAUUGAGAUCGGCUUCGACAAACGCUACCGUAUCAUUGGAGCUAACAUGAGGACAUAUCUACUGGAGAAGUCCAGAGUGGUGUUUCAGGCGGACGAGGAGAGGAACUAUCAUAUCUUCUACCAGCUGUGUGCGUCCUCCCAUCUACCAGAGUUCAAGAAUCUGAAGCUAGGUAGUGCUGAUGUCUUCCACUGCACCAACCAGGGCCGGAACCCGGUCAUCGAUGGAGUCGACGAUGCUAAAGAGAUGUGCACAACACAACAUGCCUUCUCACUGCUAGGCAUCAACGAGUUGAACCAGAAGGGGCUGUUCCAGGUCCUGGCUGCCAUCUUACAUCUGGGCAACGUGGAGAUCAAGGACCGAGACUCUGACAGCAGCAUCAUACCUCCCAAUAACCGCCACCUGACGGUGUUCUGUGAGCUGAUGGGUGUGACCUACCAGGACAUGUCUCAUUGGCUGUGCCACAAGAAGCUGAAGACAGCCCAGGAGACCUACAUCAAGCCCAUCCCUCGGCUGCAAGCCUCCAAUGCCCGCGACGCGCUCGCCAAACACAUCUACGCCAAAGUCUUCAACUGGAUCGUGGACCAUGUCAACAAAUCUCUGCGCGCCACCGUCAAACAGCACUCCUUCAUAGGAGUCCUGGAUAUCUAUGGGUUUGAGACGUUUGAGAUCAACAGUUUUGAACAGUUCUGUAUCAACUAUGCUAACGAGAAACUGCAACAGCAGUUUAACAUGCAUGUGUUCAAGCUGGAGCAGGAGGAGUAUUUGAAGGAGCAGAUUCCCUGGACUCUGAUAGACUUCUAUGAUAACCAGCCAUGUAUCAACCUCAUAGAGGCCAAGAUGGGGGUACUAGACCUGCUGGACGAAGAGUGCAAGAUGCCUAAAGGUUCAGAUGACUCGUGGGCCCAGAAGCUGUAUAACACCCAUCUGAAGACCUGCUCUCUGUUUGAGAAACCUCGCAUGUCCAACAAAGCCUUCAUCAUACAGCACUUCGCUGACAAGGUGCAGUACCAGUGUGAUGGCUUUCUGGAGAAGAACAAGGACACAGUGAAUGAAGAGCAGAUCAAUGUCCUGAAGGCCAGCAAGUUGGACCUGCUAGUGGAGCUGUUUCAGGAUGAGGAGAAAGUGACCAGUCCGACAGGGACCGCUCCAGGAGGUCGAACACGACUCAGUGUCAAACCAAAACAGAUCAGAUCUGCUGGAGCAAGCAGCAAGGAGCACAAGAAGACUGUUGGCUGCCAGUUCCGGAACUCUCUGGCUAUGUUGAUGGAGACUCUGAAUGCGACCACUCCUCACUAUGUUCGCUGCAUCAAGCCCAACGACCUCAAGUUCCCCUUCACGUUUGACCCUAAGCGAGCGGUGCAGCAGCUCAGAGCCUGUGGUGUUCUGGAAACCAUCCGCAUCUCAGCCGCAGGCUUCCCAUCCAGGUGGACCUACCAGGAGUUCUUCAGUCGUUACCGGGUUCUGAUGAAGCAGAAGGACGUCCUGUCGGACAGGAGGCUGACCUGUAGGAACGUCCUGGAGAAACUGGUGCAGGACCAGGACAAGUACCAGUUUGGUAAGACGAAGAUCUUCUUCAGGGCUGGUCAGGUUGCCUACCUGGAGAAGCUGAGGGCUGAUAAGCUGAGGAAGGCGUGCGUCCGCAUCCAGAAGACCAUCCGCUGCUGGCUGGUACGCAAGAAGUACCUCCGCAAGAAGCAUGCUGCCAUCACCAUCCAGAGAUACACCCGCGGACACCAGGCCCGCUGUCUGGUUAAGUACAUGCGUCAGACUCUGGCAGCCAUCACUAUCCAGAAGUUCCAGAGGAUGUGUGUUCAGAGGAAACUGUACCUACAGAAGCAGGCUGCUGCCCUGGUCAUGCAGACUAUCCUCAGAGCAUACAUGGCCCGACAGAAAUACCAAGGGUUGCUGCGUAACCACAAAGCUGUGUUCAUCCAGAAACACGUGCGUGGCUGGCUGGCCAGACAGCGGUACAAGCGAUCCCUGCGAGCCAUCGUCUAUCUGCAGUGCUGCAUCAGGAGGAUGAAGGCCAAGAAAGAGCUGAAGAAGCUGAAAAUCGAGGCCCGCUCCGUUGAACAUUUCAAGAAACUUAACGUUGGCAUGGAGAAUAAGAUCAUGCAGCUGCAGAGGAAGUUAGAUGAACAGGCUAAAGACAACCGUGUGACUAGCGAGCGGCUGAGCUGUCUGGAGACGUCCCACGCGGUGGAGAGUGACAAGCUGAAGGUAGAGGUGUCUAAGCUGAAGGGGAUAGAAGAGGAAGCCAAGAACAACGCCAACCGUGUCACUUCCCUUCUGGAGGAGCUGGAGAGGCUGAGGAAAGAGCUGACCACCACCCAGAAAGAGAAGAAGACAAUAGAGGACUGGGCUACCAAGUACAGGGAUGAGAUGGAGAAGAUGGUAGCAGAGCUGAAGCAGCAGAAUGGUCUGCUGAAGACCGAGAAAGACGACCUGAACCGAAUGAUCAAGGAACAGAGCCAGCAGAUGACAGAGAAAAUGACUCGUGCAUUAGCGGAGGAGACUCAGCAGUUGGAGAGCGAUCUGAACGAGGAGAGGUCUCGCUACCAGAACCUCCUAACAGAACACCUGAGACUGGAGGAACGCUACGACGACCUCAAGGAAGAAAUCACUCUCUCUGUGAGCGUGCCCAAGCCCGGCCACAGGAGAACAGACUCCACCCACAGCAGCAACGGAUCAGAGUGCACCUACAACUCCGAGUUCGCCGAAUCAGAAGAAAGUUCCCGACAUGGAGAAGAUGUGACCCGGGGCAUGGACACGUCUCUGACUCUGAAGCUGCAGAAACGCGUGACCGAGCUGGAGCAGGAGAAAUCCUCUCUCCGCAACGAGCUAGAAAACAAGGAGGAGCAGUUCCAGCGGGCUAGAGUCAGGGAUGAUGAGGAGCAUAAGAAAUCACGUGGAGCAGAACUGGAGUACGAGUCUCUCAAGCGCCAGGAGCUGGAUUCCGAGAACAAGAAGUUGAAGCACGACCUGACCGCCAUGAGGCAGAGCCUGCUGGGUAAUGCAGGCGCUGGGGCGGGGGCACCAGGAAGUCCACCCUACAAAGUUCUCAUGGACCAACUGAACUCCUCGUGCGAGGAGCUGGAGGUGCGGAAAGAGGAGGUGCUGAUUCUACGAUCUCAACUGGUCUCACAGAAGGAGGCCAUGCAGCACAAGGAGACAAUGACAGAGCCAGUGCACUAUGCAGAGGAUGUCCAUAAGAUGAAGGACUCUGGUGCAAUCACUCAGGCUUAUCUAGGACUCAAAGAGACGAAUAGACUGUUGGAGGGCCAGAUGCAGCAGCAGCGGCGUAGCUAUGACAACGAGGUGGAGGUGUUGCGAGGGGAGUUACAGAGUGUUAAAGAGGAGAAUAACCGUCAACAACAGCUGCUGGCCCAGAACCUGCAGCUCCCACCAGAGGCACGCAUAGAGGCUAGUCUACAGCAUGAGAUCACACGACUCACCAACGAAAACCUGGACCUCAUGGAACAGCUGGAGAAGCAGGAUAAAACUAUCCGUAAGCUUAAGAAACAGCUGAAGGUGUUCUCGAAGAAGAUUGGAGAAAUGGGAGCUGGCCAGGUUGAGACUAUAUCUCCGGGUCAGAUGGUUGAAGAGACGGUCCGUCCGGUGAACAUUCCUCGUCGCGAGAAAGACUUCCAGGGAAUGUUGGAGUACAAGAAGGAGGAUGAGCUGAAACUGGUUAAGAACCUCAUACUGGAGUUGAAGCCUCGUGGUGUAGCGGUAAAUCUGAUCCCAGGCCUGCCAGCCUACAUCCUCUUCAUGUGUCUGAGGCAUGCUGACUAUGUCAACGAUGACCAGAAGGUCAGGACGCUGCUCACAUCCACCAUCAACAGCAUCAAGAAGAUACUCAAGAAACGGGGGGAUGACUUUGAGACGGUCUCCUUCUGGCUGUCCAACACCUGCCGCUUCCUACACUGUCUCAAACAGUACAGCGGAGAUGAGUCGUUUAUGAAGCACAACACUCCUAAGCAGAAUGAUCACUGCCUGUCUAACUUUGACCUGGCUGAGUACCGUCAGGUCCUCAGUGACCUGGCCAUUCAGAUCUACCAGCAGCUCAUCAAAUGCAUGGAGAACAUCCUACAGCCCAUGAUUGUCUCUGGUAUGUUGGAGCAUGAGACCAUCCAGGGUGUGUCGGGGGUUAAGCCGACCGGUCUGCGUAAACGGACAUCGAGCAUCGCUGACGAGGGAACCUACACGCUGGAAUCCAUCUUACGUCAGCUCAGCGCUUUCCACUCCACCAUGUGUCAGCACGGCACCGACCCUGAACUCAUCAAACAGGUUGUGAAGCAGCAGUUCUACAUCAUUGGAGCUGUGACUCUCAACAAUCUGCUGCUGCGUAAAGACAUGUGCUCCUGGAGCAAAGGCAUGCAGAUCAGGUAUAACGUGAGUCAGCUGGAGGAGUGGCUGCGUGACAAGUCUCUGAUGCUGUGUGGAGCCAAGGAGACUCUGGAGCCUCUGAUUCAGGCUGCUCAGCUGCUGCAAGUCAAGAAGAAGACGGACGAAGACGCCGAGGCCAUCUGCUCCAUGUGCAACAGCCUGUCCACAUCUCAGAUUGUAAAGGUGUUGAACCUGUACACUCCAGUCAACGAGUUUGAAGAGAGGGUGUCUGUUACCUUCAUACGAACCAUACAGACUCGUUUGCGGGACCGCUGUGAGACUCCUCAGCUGUUGAUGGACACUAAGAUCAUCUACCCAGUCACCUUCCCUUUCAACCCCUCCUCUCUGGCCCUGGAGACUAUCCAAAUACCAGGCUCCCUCAACCUAGCCUUCCUUACCCGCGUCUAACACAUACACGACUAAUAGAUAGGCUAUACAGAGGCAUGCAAUCACAUGCAUACACAAACCAUUCUCUUCCUAACACAUCCAAACACUUACAUACAGUACACACAUACACACGCUCAGCUUCCACCCUACGGUAGUUUUUAUGUCAGUAGUUGAAAGCCCAUCCUCCUCCGCGUGUACAAAUGCUCAACUCUAAGAGAAUGCACCCGCUACAGGCCACCUUUUCUCCUAUCUUACCCCCUUUUACUAAGCUACACUCCCCACCUACAACCCCAUUUAAGACCGAGUACCGUGUUCCCCCAGUCCUCUUUUCUCCUCUUUGUUCUCUUCUCAAUAGUGUAGUGUUUUCUAGCAGUCCGGUUCUCCCAUAGGAAUGUAUUACGGUACACUUAAGCUAGCUGUCCAGGGCUAGCAUCACAGCUAGCUAGCUCAUUCAGCCAAGCUCAGCUAGCAGCUGUUGUGUUAUGAUAGGAUGCUAGUGCUUCUACAGUUAUCUAGCUAGCAUCAGUUUUGAGUACAUCGUUAUCUACUCACCCACUGAACACAGUCAAGCCAAGUGCAGUACCCAUUGUCUGUACCAUAAUUUUAUACAUAUAUAAAUACAUAUAAAUAUUAAUAUAUAUAUAUCACUCUAGGGUGUUUUAUUUAUUGCAUUUAUCUCACUCCCUUUCCUAGAAUACGUUUUUCUUUGCAUUCAGAAAACAUGGAUACCAUCGACAUGUAGGCUUAUCUCUCCAGCUUUCCAGACCGGAGAGAAGUAUGGCCAUGGAAAGACCACUAGAGUCCUGUAGUAUUAGAAUUAUGUCUAUAGCAGAUGAUCUAUCUAGUCUCAUUUAAUUAGCACUAUUUAAUGUAGCUUUUUAUUUGUUUAGCUCAUGAUGUAUUGUGCUUUAAGAUCUCUCUGCCGUAGCUUUGUCCUGUGUAACCUGCUUCUCUAGUAGAUCUGCACUUUAGCACCGCUGCACCAGAGGUUGAAAUAGAGGAUUAGACUGGAACAGAGGUUGAAAUAGAGGAUUAGACUGGAACAGAGGUUGAAAUAGAGGAUUAGACUGGAACAGAGGUUGAAAUAGAGGAUUAGACUGGAACAGAGGUUGAAAUAGAGGAUUAGACUGGAACAGAGGUUGAAAUAGAGGAUUAGACUGGAACAGAGGUUGAAAUAGAGGAUUAGACUGGAACAGAGGUUGAAAUAGAGGAUUAGACUGGAACAGAGGUUGAAAUAGAGGAUUAGACUGGAACAGAGGUUGAAAUAGAGGAUUAGACUGGAACAGAGGUUGAAAUAGAGGAUUAGACUGGAACAGAGGUUGAAAUAGAGGAUUAGACUGGAACAGAGGUUGAAAUUGAGGAUUAGACUGGAACAGAGGUUGAAAUUGAGGAUUAGACUGGAACAGAGGUUGAAAUUGAGGAUUAGACUGGAACAGAGGUUGAAAUUGAGGAUUAGACAGGAACAGAGGUUGAAAUAGAUAGAGGAUUAGACUGGAACAGAGGUUGAAAUAGAUAGAGGAUUAGACUGGAACAGAGGUUGAAAUAGAGGAUUAGACUGGAACAGAGGUUGAAAUAGAUAGAGGAUUAGACUGGAACAGAGGUUGAAAUAGAUAGAGGAUUAGACUGGAACAGAGGUUGAAAUAGAUAGAGGAUUAGACUGGAACAGAGGUUGAAAUAGAUAGAGGAUUAGACUGGAACAGAGGUUGAAAUAGAUAGAGGAUUAGACUGGAACAGAGGUUGAAAUAGAUAGAGGAUUAGACUGGAACAGAGGUUGAAAUAGAUAGAGGAUUAGACUGGAACAGAGGUUGAAAUAGAUAGAGGAUUAGACUGGAACAGAGGUUGAAAUAGAUAGAGGAUUAGACUGGAACAGAGGUUGAAAUAGAUAGAGGAUUAGACUGGAACAGAGGUUGAAAUAGAUAGAGGAUUAGACUGGAACAGAGGUUGAAAUAGAGGAUUAGACUGGAACAGAGGUUGAAAUAGAGGAUUAGACUGGAACAGAGGUUGAAAUAGAGGAUUAGACUUGAACAGAGGUUGAAAUAGAUAGAGGAUUAGACUGGAACAGAGGUUGAAAUAGAGGAUUAGACUGGAACAGAGGUUGAAAUAGAUAGAGGAUUAGACUUGAACAGAGGUUGAAAUAGAUAGAGGAUUAGACUUGCAAUAGAGGGCUAGACUGGACGAGUAGUUUAGAUAGGUAUGGGUAUAAAACUAUCAGGUUUAGACGGCUUCAGCUACUGUACUUGCUUCUCCAAUUUAACUAAGUAGUUUGGUUCCAAAACCCCUACAGAGGACUCACUAACUCACACACACACACACACACACACACACACUAGUGACUGUUGUUAAAAACAGAAGCACACUGGAUCCUACAUAUCCACUACCACAUCGUUUCCCAAAACUAUUGGUCGCGGCCACAUGUGGGGGCGCCUGAUUUUUAAAAAUGGGGUUGAACAAAAAUACAAUAAAACCGCGCUUUGUUCAUAGAACCAGGGUUACGUCGGUAACCUCCGGUAGCCUCUAGAUACAGUUGUAAUAAACAGAGCGGUUUCUGUUUUCUUCCUACAAAUGUGGCUCUAUCUUUUAAACGGUUCAAGAUACAAAAUAUUAUGACCCCAUCACUGAAAGAUAAGACUCUCAGGAACACGUAUGUGUCUUCUGUUUCCCUCCACAAUGGCCACAAGCCUCAUUAGAACAGAGUGGACAAGACCAGGAACUAAAUCAGCUAAAACAAUAAGUUUACAUUAGCGUUGGAGUCGUGUUUUUUUUUAUAUAUAUCAAAAUGGGGCUGCGGACAACAGUUGGAACUCCUGCAGUACCAACUACUACAUAUCUUCACUUCUAAGUAUCUACAUGUCCUCACCCCACCCUUCUGUCUGCUCCACUCUCUGUACGUUAUGAUGGACAAGAUCUGUAGGUUCCUUUCAGUAUUAUAGCCUUGGAAAGGAGGUUGUGCCUGUUACUAAACCUGGUUACCACUGAGCCAGUCUGUUUUACUGUAGUUGCUCUCAUAAUCCAUCGCAUUUAGACUCAGUAUCAACCAUGUCUUGAAUGUUUUUCCCUACAGCCUGUAUGAUAAUGCUGUCAUGCCAGCUUUACUCCAGAAACUAAAUCACUUCUUUGUAGACAAACUAUUCAUGCCCUGGCUACAGUCUCUACUCUAACCUACUCUAACUCUUACCCCCGUCUUUCAUUCCCUACUAACCUACUCUAACAACUCCUUCACUGUCUCCCCAACCACCUCUUCACUGUGUCCCAACAUCAGCCAAAUCUGUUUUCAUGGCUCUACUUUUAGAGAAAGCAGCCAUGUUGUUGCUCAGCACCAGAAAGUGACCAGUAGAGGGCGACAUUGGACACUAGGUCACAUGACUGGCUUCUAUAGAACCAGACAUUCUGCCAGAUGUUCUAUAGAAUCAAAGAAGAUCUACAAACAUUCUAUUCACUACUACUAAGGCCCUUCUAACCUCUCUGACUGGUCAACCGCUGAGGGACAGAAAGGAUAGAACUACAUUUAUCAUCAUCGUUGCCUCUCUUCCUUACUUGUGCCAUCAGUGUUCACCCAUACCCUAACUGCUCAUCAACCACCAACUUGAUUUAACCAUCAACCUUAUUGUUUAACCUUCAACCUUAUUUUACCGUGAAUCUUAUUAUUUACCGUGACCUUUAUUUUACCUACCAACCCUGACCCUUUGAACUUUGUUACCUGACCUAUAGAGACACGCGACUCAAAACAUAUUAUUAUUAUUACUAUCAUUGAUGUAGGAGUCAAAUUCAUGUUUAAACUUGUUUUGUGAUGCAAUUUAAUUAAUAAUCAUAUAUUUAUUAUUGGGACCACCAUGAGUGUAUUGUAUAAAAAUUAAAAAUGGCCUUUUUGUUACAUUUUUGCAGCGUUGCAUUUUAAUGAAGGAUUUUUAGGAAUACGUUUUAGGUUGUUCAACAUGUGUGUAGUGAUACCAGAUCUAAAAUGCAAAUCUGCAUCUUGGACGAUACUGGAAAAUGAUACUGGCAAUACUGCAGGUUUUACCCUUGUGAAUGUUUUAGAGCUGUUAUUGAUCAUACAUAUAGGAUGACUUCAUUGUUACUCAUGUUUGGGACAAAGCCUUACAUAUGAUUUUAAAAACACUAUCAUCUCCUGUCUUUGUCUGUCUGUUACACAACUACUGUUUUAAAAAGUAGCAUUAUUAUUAUUGAAUGUUUUGACAAGUUGUCCUUAGAUCUUAUUUCAGAGGCUGGGAUUCAAGGAUUGUUUUGCUUUCUGUCUAGUUGCACUUUUUGAAAUAUUUACUGAACAAGUUUAAUAAACGCUGAUAAAGUUAGCUCUGUCUGCCCUUAACCUAUCUGAUAUGAUUCUAAUUUCUUUGAUCAUCAUGUGGUCUAUGUUCCUCCAGAGAGGUCAUCUAGCUGUAGUCAUUUACACAGUAGAAGGCUAUAGUCUUAGUGACUAUCCCAAAUGGUACCAUAUUCACUAGAUAGUGCACAUCUUUUGACCAGGGCCCAUAGGGAAUAGGGUGCCAUUUGGUAUGUACCCUUAGUCCAUUUCUAUGAUUAACCUUCUUUAAGCAGUGUAGAUGUCCCGCUCUCCCCUUCCCCUUAUAGUGUCCCACUCUGUAGAUGCCGUGUGCCUCAGACAGGCUUGUUCAUGUAGACACUCUGUGGUACGACCGGUCUUCACCUCAUUUGAGAUGUACAUUUUAACAUCUCCAGAUGGUUCUUAAAAUAGAUACUUAAAAUCUCCCUUUUUAUGGUUUUGACAAUUGAGGUCAAUGCUAAAGUAUCACAUCAAGUCACGACAUCAUCACUAACCGACACAUCUCAUUGACCUAAUGAUCUGAAGACUUCAUACAGUCCACCUGUGGUAGAGAUGCUGAACUCUGCUCUUCUCCAUCUCCUCGCUUCUAUUCACUUCUUUGUCCUCUCUCCUCCCGUGUGUACAUCAGGAGAACUGGACUGUGUGUAUAAUUCCUGGUAGCUGUACUUAGUGAAUGUGUUCACCAUUAAGAAACUUGGAAUACGUUUAAAUUGUCAAACCCUGUAAAAGACAAAUAAAGGAAUUCAGCACUGAAAA